UAAUCUUACUUUUUGCGGUAGUAUUUAUUUCGCACACAUUUUUGAAGAAAAUCAGAAGACAAAUGAGUUGAAGAAAUGGCUGAUGUUAUAGCAGUAGCUAAUGUUGGGUCUGUUUCUCCUGAUGAAGAAGAGAGCUACUUAUAUGGCGAAACUUCUGAAGGAAGACAACCUGCACCAACAGCUAGAGAGGAUGAAGUAUCUUCUAGGCUUGAGUUUAUUUCCAAUGGCCAUAUCGCAGAAGAAGAUAACAUUGUAGAAAAUAACUCAGACAACAAUGCAGAGGAUCAAAAUGAUGAAGAUGGAGAAUUUGAGGAAUCUGAUGACGAUGAAGAUGACAAUAUUCAAGUUCAUAUUGGUGAAGUAAAUACUAGUGGAACUAAUCCUGGUGUCUAUGGUACACCCGUCAAUUGGAAAAAAGAUGCCACGGGUAAUCUGAAAUCUGCUGUUUUGCCAACACAAGGUCAAAAAAAAAUUGAUGUUAAUGCUGUUGGCUUAAUAAAUGGUCAGCCAAUAUAUGAAUAUGAUAUGGAUAAUGAUCAAGAUGACAAACCUUGGAGAAAACCAGGUGCUGAUAUUUCAGAUUAUUUUAAUUAUGGUUUCACUGAAGACACAUGGAAGCAAUAUUGUGAAAAACAAAGGCGCAUGAGGCUUGAAACAAAUCGUGGAUCUUAUAUAGUUACAACAACUCCAUCAAUUACACCUGCUCAAGUUGAGAUUGAAGUUCUACCUGAUGGCAGAACUCGUGUAAAAGCUGGCCCACCACCUGAUAGGAAAGUAGAAGGAUCAAUUCAUGUCAUUGGAUCAGAUGCUGAUGCACGUCGCAAGCAAAAAGAGGAUGAGCUGUUGGCAUUAGCUUUAGGAUCUACUCGUGUGAUAGCUCCAUCAGGCUUUCCAGGUCAAAGACCAAUUUACACUGCGUUACCAGGAGGUACAAUGAUGUUUAACCCUGAAACAUCACAACCACAACAAAUUCAAUCUAUUGGUGGAGGUGCAAGUGGACUACCUCCUGGUCUGCAGUUCCUACCACAUGUAUCUCAAUCUGGAAUGCAGGGUAUGAGUGGUGGCCCUCAAAUGUAUCCUCCAUCCAUGAGUCUUGGAGAUCCAUUUCUUCAUCCUGGUAAUAUGGUUCCUCCUGGUAGUUAUAAUUUUGCAGCUCCAAACCACUAUGAAAGUGACAGUGAAUAUGAUAGCGAUAAUGAAAGUAGACGUCAUAGAAGCAGUCGUCGGGAAAGUUCACGUCAUAGGAGACAUAGAGAUAGAAGCGACAGAGAUCGUAGUGAUCGUAGUGAUCGCGACCGUGAUCGUGAUCGCGACAGAUCAAAAACUCGAAGUGAUCGCGAUCAUUCUUCGUCAAGAGCAAAAAGGGAGCAUUCUAAAGCAUCUUCAGACAGGAAGAAGAGAUCGUCUCGCUCAGUCAAACAAGAAUCCGGCGAAGGAAGCGAGGAACCUUCCGAAAGAAAAAGUCGUUCAUCUCGUCGUUCAAAACAUGUGAGCGAUGAACCUGAAGAGAAAAAAGAUAUAACAAAAGUAGAAGGGCCAACGCCGAGCGUUAAAGAAGAACCAGCCGGAGAUUGACAUAUAAUAGAUCUACGAAAUAUAAUUAAGUGUUUUGAACGCUAACUUUCAGAGAUGUGUCUAUAUAAUAUGGCUCAUCGACAUUAUAGAGACGCAUAAAAUCGUUUGUAAAUAAAAGAAGAUUAUUUGUUA